UCAUCCAUUAUUUGUCCGAAGUAAUCCCUAGCCGCGGGAAGAACCAAAAAGCGAGUACUUUAGCCGGCGAAGAAGAGCUACGGUAGUGCAAGAUGAGGGAGAGCAGCUCCGCAGGGAGCGAUCCUCGUCAGCCAUUGACGGCGAAGCCCUACGUUCCGCCGCCGAUUUCCCCGCAGGAUCUUCCCGUCGAUUACGCUGGAUUCCUUGCUGUCAUCCUCGGAGUCAUCGGCUAUAAGUUGUGCUCAUGGCUGGCUAUUAUUUUCUGUGCUGAAUCUCUUGUGAACAUGAGGAACUUUGAAAACGAUCUUAAACAGAUAUCCAUGGCCAUGAUGUUUGCCAUUAUGGGGUUGGUCACCAACUACUUUGGCCCAAAACGUCAGCCAAAAACAUAGCCUUGAUGUUGAGCAGAAUCGUUCAGUGAGCCUGCGCUGAUUUUGAUAACAUUGUCACAAAUGAAUUACAGUCUGAUUUGCUUUUGUUUGUGACCUUUGUAGCUUUGGCUGCUUUUAUAAAAUUCACGCAUUUAGUUUUGAUGGCAAAGGAAGGCGACCAAAUGACAACUACUUUCUCUUGUUUCCUGCAAAUGGUUUUGUGUGUUGCCAAUACAUGAUAAAUUGUUAAUGUCAGGACAAUAUUUCGACGUCAAUGCAAGUCAUUGUUACUUCUUGUUUGUUUAUCCAUCGCUCGUUUUCAAGCAAAAAGCUCAUUUGAUGACUACUC